UUGUGGGUGCUUCUUUUUGUAGUUUAUGUGUCUUACAGUUAAACCUCGCAGUAGAUCUAAUUUUAAUUAUACAAAUGAAAUUACUUAUAGAAUAUGUCAUGCUAUUAAAAUAAGCUGUUUAAUUGAAAAAUCGUUUGAUAUUAAGGGAGUGGUAGAAUCGGCACUUUCGCUGCAUGAAAGAUGUCGGAAAGCUGUGGGGAUGGUGUGUCUGCGCCUCUGCCUGGGCGAUGUGGCUUUUUCGUAGACAAAAAGAAGAGAUAUUGCAAAAUGGUUGUUGCGAGUGGAAAAACUUUCUGUGGGGAGCAUGCAAUUGCCGAGAAGGAAGAUGGCAGAAAAAGAAUUCCAUGUCCUUUGGAUCCGAAACACACUGUAUUUGAAGAUAACCUGGCAAAGCAUCUUAAAAAGUGCAAUUCCAGAGAGAAGCCCAAACCUGUGUACUAUGUCCACGACAUUAACGCUGGUGUGGAAGAGGAUAUGGAUAUGCAUGAAAAAGAGAUAGCCUUGUCCUCUCGAUCCAGCGAAGAGCUAGACUCUCUUAUCAUGAGGCUGAGAGCAGCAGUCGGUGAGAUAAACUGUAAGCAUACAGAAAAGAUUCUUUCUCACCCUGCUUUGCUUGAAGCUCUGAACGAUCCAAAGAAUGGAGACUUUGCAGUGAAACACCUCAAACAACAGGCGUCUCUCCUAGGUAACCUGGAAUCUUUGAGGUUGCUGGGUCCAGACAGAUGCUUUGUGGAAUUUGGUGCAGGGAAAGGCAAACUAUCCCACUGGAUUGACAUCGCUUUGCAAGCAGCCAAAAAUGUCCAUUUUCUGUUGGUAGAGAGGGCUACCACUCGCUUUAAGGUUGAUGGGAAGCACAAAAGCCCUCACUCCGUGUUUGAUAGGCUUCAAGUGGACAUUCAGCACCUGUGUCUAAAUAAAGUUCCCUUCCUCCAAGAGAAGAAACUCCCUGUGGUUGGAGUAGGAAAACACCUGUGUGGAGUGGCUACAGACCUGGCUUUGAGGUGUCUGGUAGAGAGCUGUUGCUCCAGUGGGGACUCGGAGGAGGCAGGGCCACCACAGAAGCGCCUGAAGUCUGAUCCGUCAGAUGCAGAGAGUGUGGGAGGAAGCUCAGAAAGCAGCACACCGCUUCAGGUCUCAGGGCUGGCCAUAGCUCUGUGCUGCCAUCAUCGAUGCAACUGGAGGCACUAUGUUGGCAGGGAGUUUUUCAUAGGUUUGGGGCUGAGUGCCCAGGAUUUCAGAGCCUUCCAGCGUAUGUCUAGCUGGGCCACGUGUGGUUUGAAGAAGCUUGGCAGUGACGGGCCUCUAUCGAAGGAGGGCAGCAGCGAGCAGGAUGAGAACCUGGAGAAGCAACAUGAGUAUGCAGGGGAGACAACAGGGGACAAGUUUGAGGGGAUUCUUCCUGCUGAAGAUCGGGAAAGCAUUGGCCGUCUCUGUAAGCUUCUGAUAGAUGAAGGCAGGGUCGAUUACCUGCGGCGGAAAGGCUACGCUGCUGAGUUACAAUACUACACCAGUCCAGACAUUUCCUUAGAAAAUGUACUCCUCACUGCUGUACCUGUCAAGACUCCCUAAUAGAACAGGUAAUCUGUUCUGCGCAGCUGUGACUGGAAUAAGUAUAUCCUGUCUGUGGAGCUGAAGGCGAAUAUCCUUGGUCAGUGAAAGACAGAGUGCUUGACAGAAAGCUUGGAGAGAAAAGUCCUGAGUGAGAGUCCAGCCACUUCAAUCACAGUCCCAGUGAAUCUUCCUGAACGGCCUCAAUUGCAACAUUUAAUACGGAUUUGAAAUUAAUUUUGGUAUCUGAAAAAGAAAGAUAAUUUUUUACUUGGAUACACAUGUUGUAUUAACAAAAUGUUCUUAUUAUCUGUCCUUAUGGAAGUAUUUUCUUCUCUAUAUGAUUUUUUUAGCUUGUUAGAUGUAUGUGUAGGACCCCUGAAGAUGUUGGUCUGUACCUGUUACUUGCUCAGAAGGAUUUAAUUUUGUGAGUUUUACAUCAGAGAGAAUGCCCCUGGUGACAUUUCCCAGGGUUCAUAUGAAACUUUGAAACCCCCUGGAUGUCCUAGAAAAUUGCUAUAAUAAAAUGAAGUCCUGGAAUACCCUGGAAAUGUCUCUGUCUCAUAACAUUGUUUUUUAAUUCAGUCUUAAAAAUAAAUUUUCCUUUCCA